AUGGGAAAGAAGGCUAUCCAGUUCGGCGGUGGUAACAUCGGCCGUGGCUUCGUUGCCGAGCUCCUCCACGAGGCCGGCUACGAGGUCGUCUUCAUUGAUGUCAUGGACAAUGUCAUCACCUCUCUCCAGGAGACCCCCUCUUAUCAGGUCACUGAGGUCAGCGAGGAGGGUGAAAACACCAAGACCAUCACCAACUACCGUGCUGUCAACUCCAAGACCCACGAGAGCGAUGUCAUCAAGGAGAUCUCUGAUGCCGACGUCGUCACUUGUGCUGUUGGCCCUAACAUCCUCAAGUUUAUCGCUCCUGUCAUUGCCAAGGGUAUUGAUGCUCGCGUUGCAUCCAAGCCAGUGGCUGUGAUUGCUUGUGAGAAUGCCAUCGGUGCUACUGAUACCCUUCACGGCUUUAUCAAGGAACGCACCGACCCUGGGCGUGUCGAGACCCUUUAUGAGCGUGCUCAGUUUGCCAACUCAGCUAUUGAUCGCAUCGUUCCCACCCAGCCUCCCAACAGCGGCCUCAACGUCCGCAUCGAGAAGUUCUAUGAAUGGGUUGUCGAAAAGACUCCCUUUGGCGAUGUCGGCCAUCCUGAUAUUCCUGCCAUCCACUGGGUCGAUAACCUGGCACCCUACAUUGAGCGCAAGCUCUUCACCGUCAACACCGGACACGCUACUACCGCCUACUACGGCUACAAACUGGGCAAGAAGACCAUUGCAGAUUCUUUGGCCGAUCAAUACAUUCGAGGCAUUGUCCACAACGUCCUUGAUGAGACUGCCUCCCUCAUCGUGGCCAAGCAUGGAAUCCCAGAGGAGGAGCAGAAGAAAUACGUCGAGAAGAUUGUCAGCCGGUUUGCAAACCACUACCUCGAGGACACCGUGGAGCGUGUAGGCCGUGCUCCUCUGCGUAAGCUUUCCCGAAAUGAGCGUUUUAUCGGACCUGCCUCGCAGCUUGCGGAACGCGGCCAGAAAUUUGAUGCUUUGUUGGGCUCCAUCGAGAUGGCUCUUCGUUUCCAGAAUGUUCCAGGAGAUGACGAAAGUGUGGAUCUCUUCAAGACACUCUCUCAGCUGUCUCCUGGUGAUGCAACAGUGGAGCUCACCGGACUUGAAAGUGAACACCCUCUGUACAACCAUGUACUCCAGGUGGUGGACAAGGUGAAAUUGGACAUCAAGUAG